AUUACUUAUAAUGAUAACACAAGUAGAAGACCACGAUUCCACACUCAACGUUGUGAACCCUCAAAAGGUACCUUCAGGGGUACCUUGGAAAAACUUUUUCGACUCCGAUGGCAACUUGAUAGUCAAGAAUUUGGACACGGGUGAAAAGACUUCCGUAAAGGACCUGGAGAAACCUGUAGACCCUGUUUUUUUGAGAUUCGCAACACAAGAAGAACAACUUUCCGCUGCUAUGACUGUCUCAACUUUUCGUACUCAAGAAAAACCACGAAUUUCGUUUCUGGGAAAGGCGAAUUCUUCAUUGAUGAAAAGAACUCCUUUGCGUGAUAAGAGAAAUGUUACAAAGGGUGUAGGACAUGUGAAGAUAAAUUCGAAAAAAGCACAAAUAGAAUUUGAUAAUUUGUUUAUCGUUCAAGCUCUACGUGCACAUGAUGGACCGAUAUGGUCUCUCAAGUUGAAUGAAAAAAGGAAUCUACUAGCAUCAGGUGGGCAGGAUGCUGUGCUUCGUGUAUGGCUGUUGUGUGGUCAAGGCAAUCCGGAAAUCAACUGGAAUCAGGAUUAUUCUCAGAUAUUUUACAAUGGAAAAGGAACGGAUGAACCAAAGAAACAACAACGUUUGGGUUCGGAGCCAAGCUUUUCUUCUUCUGGUACUCUUUCAUCUUCAAAAGAGGCCACCGAAAAGGAUAUGGAAAACAGUAUUUCAAAUAGAGAAAUGAACAUUCAGACCAAAUAUCCCAGACAAGUGUUGAAACCACGACCAUUUCGAGAGUUUAUGGGUCAUAAAUUGGAUAUUCUGGAUGUUGCUUGGUCCAAGAAUGACUUUAUAUUGAGUGCUUCCAUGGACAAAACAGUCCGUCUUUGGCAUCCUUCAGUAAAUGAAGCACUUCGCAAGUUUCAACACAGUGACUUUAUUACGACAGUUCAUUUUCAUCCCAUGGAAGAAGGUAUAUUUAUUAGUGGUGCAUUAGAUGAAAAACUUCGUGUAUGGGAUAUAGCAGAAAAGAAAGUGAUUACUUUCAAAGAUCGAUUGGGUCUCAUUACGGCAUCUAGUAUUUCUCGAGAUGGCAAACAUUUGUUAGUGGGAACUUAUAAGGGACUGUGCAAGUCAUUCCAGUUGAAACAAGAUGAUGGAACGUGGACUUUGCAACAAGUGAAUGAAGUGGAAGUGUGUUCACGAAGGGGUAAGAAUAGCAAAGGCAGUAAGAUAUCUGGUAUUAGUUUUAAACCCCAUUCGGAAGAAUUUUUGGUAUCUUCAAAUGAUAGUCGUCUUCGUUGUUAUCAACUGGAGUCAUUUUUUCGUACUUGUAAAUAUUUAGGACAUCGUAACUUUUGUAGUCAGAUUCAUCCUUGUUAUAGUGAAGAUGGAGAAUACGUCCUAUGUGGUUCAGAAGAUCGUCAAGUAUAUAUUUGGCAUACUCAACCUCAAAAGGUACCCGAGAACAAUGGCAAAACUGAACAGAAUGAAUGGUCUGAACAUUUUAUGGCACAUAAUUGUAUCGUUUCUUGUGCCAUAUUUGCACCAAAUGUUGUAUGGAAAGAUAGAAAAGUAGCCAGCAAUAGUGCUAUUGGUAGAGUGAUCAUUACUGCUGGUUACAGUGGAGAAAUUCGAAUAUAUGAAAAUAUAGAUUUGUAAAAGACACGUUAGAAUGCAUUGGAGUAUUUUUUGUUUUAUUAUGCGUUGAAAAUAAAACUGAAAAUUCAUUU